AUGGCAUUGGACAGCUCGGGAAUUAAUCAUUUCAAUAUUCGUAGAAACCUAAAGGUCCAUCUUGCUUCGCAGGCGUUGGUGGUCUUCGAGGAUCUUCCCCGAGGUGUUCUAGAGCAGCAUCCUGGAAAUGAUGCAACAGGAGGUCCAGUUGGGUCUCCAGGUCCAACUUAUGACGACAGUCGCAUCCACAAAAGUACAGCAACGCGGGGUGAUGGUUUUCUACAACGGCAAGAGCAGCGGCGUCCCGAGAAUGAUGCAACAGGAAGUUUAGUUGGGUCUCCAGGUCCAACUUAUGACGACAGUCGCAUCCACAAAAGUACAUACAAGGAGGGUGAUGAAUGUAACUAUGCAAAAGGCAAGUGGAUAGGAGACGAGAAGCGGCCACUCUACUCCGGUUAUGAGUGCAAGCGAUGGCUGCCAAAAAAAUACAAUUGCGACACGAUGGGUCGGACAGAUUUAUCGUUCGAGGGCUACAGGUGGCAGCCAUAUGGUUGUAAGAUGCCGGAGUUUUCAGGGCUGAACUUUUUGAAUAGGAUGAGACACAAAACUCUAGCUUUUGUGGGUGAUUCGCUUGGUAGACAGCAGUUUCUGUCUAUGAUGUGCAUAGCUACAGGCGGUAAACGCCCUAAGGUUGAAAAGGUUGGGCGGAAAUAUGGUCUUGCCAAAGUUCCACAUGCUCCAAAAGGUCACACCUUGGCUUAUCGAUUUCCAGGAACUAACACCACUGUUCUUUUCUAUUGGUCUGCUAGUCUAUGUGAAUUGGAGCCAUUGACGAACACGACAAGUUUGUCGACAAGCUACGCACUGCAUCUUGAUCGUCCAGCAAGAUUCUUGAAGAAGUAUCUCCAUAGUUUUGAUACCCUUGUUCUCAACACUGGCCAUCACUGGAACAAAGUGAAAUUCAGUCAAAAUAACUGGGAGUUGUAUGCUGAUGGCAAGCCUCUAGUAAAAGGUACACUGCCGGAAGACCUCAGCCCAUUCAGGAACCUUAAGCUGCACAACAUCGUAAGAUGGCUGGAUUCAGAACUCAUACAUCGUCCUCAUAUGAAAGUUUUCCUGAGAACAAACUCACCAAGCCAUUUCCUACAUGGCGACUGGAACACUGGGGGUAGCUGUAAUAGUACCACCCCGUUGUCUAGUGGAAGCGAGGUCUUCGGGGACCAUUCAGGUGACCUACCUGCGGAGCAUGCAGUAACUGGAACUCGGGUUAAGCUUUUGGAUAUUACUUCUAUCUCACAACUACGAAGCGAAGCCCAUGUCGCAGAUCAUACUUUGAACUCACAAAGUGUCAAAUACGAUUGUUCGCACUGGUGCCUACCUGGUAUCCCAGACACGUGGAAUGAAAUCCUCUUUGCUCAGAUUUAGGUUCUCAGCAACCGUUUACGAUGCCUAGGCCUGUGUAUGCCACGGUUUUUUAGAAGUGUGUUGCUCCCAUGUCAUAGACACAAUAUUUUGUCAUUUUUUUCACACUUGUGGCUUCGGUUUAAUCUUCCAACAAGCCUCAGUGCCUAAGCUUUGUUGCGGUAAAAUCUGGGGUAUUGCAACCUCCAAGGUCAUGGCAAAUGGAGAGAUCGAGAAUUACUCCUUUCAAUUGUGGCUAGCGUUUGGUGAAUGUUUGCUUCCCACACUUUUUGUUUCAGUUUGUUUCUGACACUUCUAUGACAAGCCUCACAAUGCUUAAGUUUUGUUGUGACUUAGUACUAUGGUAUUUUUUUUGUGAGAUAGUAAUACAGUAGUUCAGACACUACUGUACGAACAGAAAUGACCAAUGCAGUGUUUGGUGAAUGUGUGCAUGCCAUGUUACAUGCACGGCUGA